GCUUAAGAGAGCGGGAUCUACUGAAUCGCUUUGCUAUGGAAGUGUCCCAACAACAAAAACAGGGAGAAAGCAAAGAGUACUCGGUCCUUCUGUUCCAGAGUUAUCAGCCUGCAGAGGAUUUGGGAAGAGCUUUCUCAGAUCGAUCAAUAUUGCAAACCUUCAUUGAUGUAGAGGCAACUGUACCUAAUGUCUUAGCUACGUUGAGGACCUUGUAUGCAUUGAGUUGCUUGGAAGAGGUUGUGGCAUUCCUCCGAUACGGGUACUUAUCAAUAGAUAAUGUCGCUGCCAUUAGGAAAGAAGUAAGCAGACUCUACAGGGAGCUACGACCUCAUGCACUUGCCUUGAUCAUAUCGUUCAAAUAAAGGAUGAUGCACAAUUGGUGCUGGGAAGGCAGGUGGAGAGCCAGAUUUAAUCCUACAUCCCACCACCUCCUCUAACCAUUUUGCCCAAUGUGAAGCCAGAAGUCCUGAUUUCUCUCAAGU